GACCCCUAGUGAUGCUUCCAACUGCAAAUCCACUCAGAUCUUCCUGCCAGAUCCAGCCUGUCCAGCAUGUCCAUCAGCAGAAACUCCUACAGCCGUAAGGCCAUGAGUGUGUACGGCGGAGCAGGAGGCUCUAACACUCACAUCACGAGGCCCAACUGGGCUCCCGUCCACGGAGACCUGGACCUCACCUACGGGACUGACCUCCAUAUUAGCGACAACAAAAAGGCCACCAUGCAGAACCUGAACGACCGUCUGGCUUCCUACCUGGAGAAGGUGCGGAGGUUGGAGAAGGAGAACGAGCAGCUGGAAAUGCAGAUCAGGGAGUGGUACAAGAGCAGAACUGUGGUGUCCAACGACUUCUCCAAAUACUUCAUCAUCAUCAAGGACCUGCAGGACAAGAUCUUCAUGGCCUCCAAGCUCAACGCCAAAAGUGCCCUGGAAAUUGAUAACUCCCAGCUGGCAGCCGAUGACUUCAGGAUGAAGUACGAGAACGAGCUGGCCGUGAAGAUGGCUGUGGAGGCCGACAUUGCAGGGCUGAGGAGGCUGCUGGACGACUCGAACCUGAAGAGGAUGGAUCUGGAGAGUCAGUGUGAGGGUCUGAGGGAGGAGCUCAUCAUGCUGAAGAAGAACCACGAAGAGGAACUGGCCCUGCUGAAGAAACCUGUGCAAGAGCAGGUCAACGUGGUCGUGGACGCCCCUUCCACCUCAGACCUGAACGAGGCCAUGAUGGAGAUCAGAGAGAAGUAUGAGAGUCUGAUUGCCAAGAACAAAAAGGAAAUUGAGUUGUGGUACAACAAGAAGAUCCUGGAAAUGGAGCAUGAUGUCAAGAAAUAUUCAGAGGAUCUGAAAACAUCAAACACUGAGAUCAAAGAGCUGAAGAUCACCUUCCAGAAGCUCCAGAUUGAUCUGGAGUCCCAUUUGAGCAUGAAAGCAUCUCUGGAAGAAACCCUAUCAGAGACUCACUCGUGCUUUGCUGCACAACUGGCAAGCCUGCAGGAGAUGGUUUCCAGUCUGGAAGUUCAGCUGUCCCAGAUCCACAGUGACAUCUAUAGCAACCAGCAGGAAUUCACCAUCCUGCUGGAGGUGAAGACCCGUCUGGAGAAAGAAAUUGCAGAAUACAGAAGGCUGCUGGAGGGGGAGGAUGAGAGCUCUAAACAAGUAAUCACAAAGGUCAUCACUGUGGUGGAGACAGUCGUAGAUGGAAAGGUGGUUCAAAGUUCAAAGACAGUGGAUGUGGAUGUGGAUGAAGUUGAGUGAAGCUGUGGAUUCAUCUACAGAAAGCAAUAAAGAUGAUUCAGACAAAUCAAA